AUACUCUAGUGUUAAUUAGAACUUUCUUAAUCAGCACAGUCGAAGAAAACUAGGAAUGAAGAUGUCUUGGUCCAAUGUCAGAACAUGUAUCUGCAUGUCUUUCUUCUUCCUCUUCUUCCUCUUCAGCAUAUCACGUGCAGGCAGGCCUGUUCCUUCUUCUUCCCUCGCUGUCCCAAUCAAGACUCAACAUAAGGUUAAUUUGGAAGUGGUGGAGAAGGUGAAUACUGAGGAGGAAAGUUGUGAAGGGGUUGGAGAAGAAGAAUGCUUGAUGAGAAGGACACUUGCGGCUCACUUGGAUUACAUCUACACUCAAAAGCAUAAGCCUUAUAAGCCAUAAGAUCUAUGGCCUCUCCUAUAUGUUUGAUCGAACUGUCGUAGAUUUCAUGUACGAGGCAAUUAGCUGAAGUCCGUAUAUGCCACUUUUUCGUCAGUUCAGUUUUCUGCUUCCACUAUUCAGUUUUUUGCAGUUGCAGACACGAGUUUUAUCGUUCGAAAAAAGAAGAUGUGUUUUCUGUGUUUUCCCCCUAAAAAAUCUUUUUGAUUCAGUCCAUGGUCCAUUAUCUGUAGUUGAUUUAUAUAUAACUGCAAAUUAAAGAAUGGUUUCACAA